AUGGCUACCUUCCAUGGCUGUCACUCACCGUACGGAGCUUCCAUGACUGCCUUCCAUGGCUGUCACUCGUCAUACAGAGCUUCCACCUUCCACUACCACCACCCACACUACUCGUCGCCAAACGAAACUUCAAUGGCUGCCGAGGACCGCCUUAAGGCCGUCUUGGCCAAACUUGAUGCCGCUACAUGCCGCCUCGACUCCCAACUGGACGCCUUUCUCCUUAAACUGCCUCCAAGAACCAGCCACCACCUUCCAUCUUCUUCCUUUGCGCAGUCACCACCGCCGCCUCCGCUUUCCAUACCGACUCGGCCUCCAUGCUUCGCACCCAUACAACCAAGUCCUGCACCAUUACUGCCUUUGCCGCAAACUCCGUCGUUGCCUCCACCGUUGCCUCUACCGCUGACUCCGCCACCGCCUCCGCCACCUCCAUUGUUGCCUCCGCUGCUCAAGUCAACUCCAUCACCCACGCUCACCGCACCCACGAUCGUGCCACCUCCGCCAGCCAUGAUGCCUCCAUCGCCCCCUCCGCCACCACUUCCGCCUUUGGUACCCAUACAGUCGCGGCCCACAACCUUGCCGGGCCCGCUUCCUAUGCCUGUUCUUCAUCUGUCCGGUCUCGUUCACACCACCAUUUCCUUCAACAAGCUCUUCAGCAUUGUUCCUCCUUGUGGGACUUCCAUGGCCGUAUACAAGCUUCCAUUAAUGAUCGUUGCAUUAUGCACAACUGCUAAACCAGGUGCAAUUCGCCGGAAAAAACCUUGGGAUCCCGGUAUAAUUUUUGGAAGCAAUGCGUUGAACCCCAACACCUUGAGGACAAAGUAUUUUUGA